UUGUUAAGGACGCUGGAGGCGGGCCCGGCCUAGCUCGAGCGAGGCCCAGUUGCGGGAUGGAGGCCGAGCUGGGGCUGGGCGAGGAGCCGCGCAGGGGGGCAGCCGGGAUGGCCAAGAUGGGCCGACGAGCUCGCCAGGAUUCCUUUCCUGAGGAGAAUCGUCUCAGCAGGAAGAAUUCCUCUGCCACUUCUACUGGAGAGGAUGAAGACACUGAGGAAAAGGGCCCCCCACCUAAACCCCCACGCCGGCAAGGAGGCUGGGCAGAUGAUCCUGUAAUGGCACCUUCCAAAUCAGGACGGAAAACUGCAGAAGAAAUAGAAGAUCAUCGUCUCAGGCAGCACAGCCUGGAGGGAUCAGACGAUGGAGGAGAUAUUCCAGUGAUCCCGGACUUGGAGGAAGUACAGGAAGAAGAUCUCGCCAUGCAAGUGGCAGCUCCACCCAGUAUCCAGGUGAACAGAGUGCUGACGUUCCGUGACCUGGACAAUGACCUCAUGAAGUAUGCUGCCUUCCAAACCCUGGAUGGAGAGAUUGACCUGAAGCUUCUCACCAAGGUUCUGGCCCCAGAACAGGAAGUGCGAGAGGAGGAUGUCUGCUGGGACUGGGACCAUCUCUACAUGGAGGUGUCUUCAGAACUCGUGACUGAGUGGGACAUGGGACAAUCUGAGAGAGAUGAGCCCUUGAGUCAGCCCAAGAAUGUCUGAGCUCUGGUCAGCUCAGCACACAGGCUCAGACAGCUACAAAUAGCACUAGUUUUUGUUUUUGUUUUUUAAAUCAACUCUUUCAUUUGAGAAAAUAUUCCAGAUCUGAAAGUAAAGGAGGUGGGAACACGAAACCUGGGAGUGAAGCCCUUUUUCCUAUUUUGUAACAAGAAUAUUUAUUUGUUCUCAAAAUGCCACACUGAAUAAUUUCAAAUACAAAAAACAUUUGUUUAAACAGUUGCUUCCAUUUCACUAGCUCUUCAUCUCAAGAUGUUUUACAAGUUACUGCAGGGAUCUUGUCCGCUGCUGCUGCAGUGCAGCCAGUUCUGGGGUGGAAAUAUGGCAGCUGUUUAACAGCCACACUGUACAACAGGGUAGGACAGUAAAUGAAGAAGAACAUGGCUUCCUAUUGAGGCUGCAAAGGGAGUUCAGGUUGAAUUUGCCCAGGACACUGAGAUUACCAUCCUUCUCUCACAACAGAUGCCACAAGUGGUCCAAACCGCAGUUUUAUAUCCCAUCCAGAGGUAGUACCUCCAACAAUCCACUGUCCUAAAACCCUGUGCUUGGAAUAAUAGCUCUUUGAGUUAGAGGGAAGAGCACCACCUACUAAACUGUCAGCAUUACUUCUUGCAGCACCUGCUUUUUUCCCCUGUGGUCUCCCAAAGCUAAGCCUGCUUAGCUUGUCAACACAGAGGAACGCAUAGCCCAAGCUGAGGUGGUUUAAGCUGAUAGGUAGUUUGUAAAGAAAAUGCUGUUUAUACCACACAUGUGAAUGUAUCACAGCAGCAAUCCUGGCACUUACACCCUGCUCGGUGUUUCUUUAGUACCUGGCAUCCCUCUUUCAUUGCUACCUAGAAAAAUCCAUUUAGCUAUUUUUAAUGCAUCCACCCCUAUAGUAUCAGUGGUCAUUGUUUGCAGGGAGCUAGUUACCCUCUAGAGCUUUGUGCUGCUGGAGCUUUUGACUGUGAUCUCUCCCAUGUGGAGCAAAUGUAAACACUCUUUGGUGUGGUGCAGAUGGCUGGGGGAGGACGAUGCUGCUGGCUUUGUUAGCAGGCUUUGUGCUUGGUUAGUAUAUCUUCAUUGUGCUCUGUUCUUACUGCUGUGCUAAGAGCACAACAGGUCCAGUUACCCCUCUGAAUGCAGCACAAGCUAAAUCAUAACAUCAGGGCCCACUGAGAGAUGAUGCUGAAGGCAAAAGAGGAGCAGGAUUGAUCCCUGCACCAUGGCCUUAGGGGUGAAGGACAUGGUAUUAUCUUGGACAAUGGUGCUACUGCACCAUGGGCUUGGGAUGGGAACAGCAGAAUGGCUGAU